CCGCUUCGGUGAACCCGUCGGCGAGCGGGCACGAUGCCGCGAAGUCAAUCUCGGGUGUUUGAGGAUGGGGGGAGAGGACGAGAAUCGGAAGGCGCAGAAAAAGUGCUGCGUGUACAAGUACAUCCACGUGGGACAGACUCUCGGCGAGAGAUUCUGCGGCAAUCGCAUGUUGAAGUGCGUUUUCUGCGGCCACGAGUUCCAGGGCAACCAGUUCGUGGCGGUGCGCCAUUUCCGCCAAGGCAAGGGAUAUCCGGAAGUGACAGACGAGGCACUUCUCGACAUCCACUAUAACAGUGAGUACAAGAUAUCCGACAAGUUCCUAGAGCGGAUACAGCGAUUUGAGGAGCUUCACGGUGCGGCGCCUGCGAUGGAUCCGCGACGGGACGAGGGGGGGGAGGGAGAGAUGAGGGACGCGGGGGAGCAGAUCGACGUGGACAACGACGUCAAGGAGGUUGCACGGGGGGGGUCGUCAGGGAGGGAGCGAGGGAAGGGCAUUGUCAGCGAGCCGGGGGGGCAGCAGGGCCAGUACUUUGCGUCGGCGCACGUGUCGGCUCGUACACGGGCAGGUGCGGAUACGGCUGAGGCGGGUGCGUCUGCGGGAAAGAGGAAGGAGAGAGAGGAGGGGGACAGACCGACGGCAACAGCCGCAGCACAGAAGAGGAUGAGACAAAACACGAUCACGGAGUCAUUCACGUCAAAGUGGCAGAUGGAGUUCAAGAAGAAGUGGCUGCGGUUUGUGUAUAGUCAGCGCCUGGCAUUCAACGUCUUCCGGAGCGAGCCAUGGUUGGACGUCGUCCGACACUUCAGGGACUUGCCGGGGCCAGUGAAGGUGUUGUGGCCUUCAGAGAAUGAGAUCGCGGACAUAGAGACCAUUGUCCACACAGCGGACAAUGUGGGAGCUGAUCUUGCGGAGGUCAGGGCUCCUUUCUAUGUCACGGGGGCCACCAUCAUGUCAGACGGAAGGAAGUCACGCGAUGCUAGACCCAUCGUGAACUUCCUUGCCGGCGGGUCCUGUGGGGUGAUGCUCGUCCGGACGAUGAACAGGGAGGUGAGGUCAGCUUUGGAGAGGACGAUGGAUGGCGAUACUUGGGGUAUGGUCCCUUGGGACCAUUCUGUUCGUCAGUUGGCUAGGUGGGUCAGGUGGCAGGUGCGACAUGGCAGUUGGUGGGAUUCCAUGGGCAUCUUGUUCCGUAUCAUGGAGCCUGUGUACGGCCUGCUGCGCAGGUUGGACCGCGGAGGGCUGCACAUGUCGCGGGUGGUUGAGUGGACACAGGAUCUGGCACGCCGGGUAGCAAAGGAGGUUUGUGCACUUCUGACAGAUCUUGCACACUACAUUGUGCAGAGGGUGCAGGCUCGAUGCGCUCACAUGCUGGAGCCGUCGCAUGUCGCUGCUCACCUUCUCUGUCCCAGCCGGCGGGACUUGCGGUACUUCAAGGGCGUGGUCAGCGACUAUGACGCGAGCUUGGUGAGGGAGGUGGAGACUUACAUCUUGUCGAAGACAGGGUUCAGUGUGGCGAGCCGCGACUACGAGACCGCAUGUGCACAGUUGCGCGACUUCCACACACGGAGGGGGACGAUUGCUUGGGGGGGGAGAGAUGGAGAUAGAGAUGCACAGAGGUGCAGGGGUGAUGCGGAGACGUACGAGUCCGGGUGUUGGUGGUCGCGGUACGGGCAGUGCGCCCCGCAGUUGCAGGUUAUCGCUCUUCGUGUGAUGUACAUGUGGACGUGCUCCUCUCCUGUGGAGAGGAAUUGGGCCAUCCACGAGGCAGCCACAUUGCACCCGUACCCUCGAGACGACAGUGAUUCCGAGGGUCAUGAGGACGAGGGCGAGCCGGCAGGCCCCGCUAGCGUCACUCAUGCGGCGGAUGAACGUGAUGAGUGGAGCGACCCAGAGGACGUCCGCAGACGGAGUGGCGGAGAUGACCUUUUCGUUCGAGUUGAUUUGGAGGAGGAGUCUGGGGGUCGUCAUGGGAGCCCUUUAGAGCGUCCGAGGCCUACGUCCGCUGCCCCGCUUCCCGCUGAGCGGGUGACAGAUCCUGGGUCUGCACCUUUGAGGGGGGCUGAGUCCGGGAUUGCCCAUCGUCCUCUGGGUCGCUCUGGCACGGCAUCAUCCACCACUCUUCCCACUUCGACGGAGCAGCUUCAUCGACAGCCAGUCGGUGCAGAUCGAUUGCAGAGAUUGGUGAGGGGCCCGCGACAGCUGGAGGACAGAUUGGAGGGCGGUCCUAUGCCGGUGCAGGGCGACGACGGAGACAAACAGGGGUUGGUUGGUGGAGAUGGUGGUGCGCUGGCCGGAGGUGGAGGCGGUGCCGAGGUUGAUGCGGCGGUUGAGGGGAUACCGAUGGGCGGCGGAGGCGGUUUCAGUGAGUUUGGUGAUAUGGGUAUGCCCCCGGGAGAGAGCGAGUCCCGUGGGGACAUCAGUGUGGGUAUGCAGGCCUUAUUGUGACAGACCAACUUCCUGGACCCGAACAGUUUCUCAACUGCCAUGCGCGGAGAGGUGAUGUCGGGGGCAGACGGAGACGAGGAUCG